UCCCUCAGGUCCUGUGAGGAAUGGAGAGUCGCCUCAGAGUUUCAUUCUUCUGUCUUUCAGUCCUGCUUCUUCACAAGACAGCCGAUGGCGAUGAUUUGAGGCUUGUGGAAAGAGGGAACCGCUGUGAUGGAAUUGUGCAGAUUUUCAAGAACGGACAGUGGGGAUCAGUUUGUACAAAUUCAUGGGGCCUUAAUGAUGGCAGUGUUGUGUGCAGACAGACAGGAUGUGGAAGUCAUCUAACAUGGUAUACUGUGCAGAACAAGAAUCGCACCAUCUUGCUGAGUGGGGCCCUCUGCGAUGGGACAGAGUCUGCCUUGAGAGACUGUAAAUCUGACAAAAAAGUCAAAAAUCCCUGUCCUAAAAUUGUCAGAGAAACAUGUUCUGGGAAAACAGCUAAGAUAAUUGGUGGACUGUGCCAUGGUCGUUUAGAAGUGAACCGGGGUGGAGUCUAUGGCACAGUGUGUUCCAAGUCUUUUGACUCCAGAGAUGCAGAUGUUGUCUGUAGGGAACUAGACUGUGGCAUUUCCAAAGCUGUGUUGUCUGGAGCCCACCCUGGAGACAGUAAAACCCCAAUAUGGGCAAACGAGAUCCUGUGCCAGGGCAAUGAAGAAAACCUAGCCUACUGCCAAACCGCAGAGACUGAGCAGCAAAACUGCACACACGCACACGACGUCAGCGUCAUCUGUACUGGGUACACUGAGGCCAGGCUGGUCAAUGGCCGUGACCGGUGUUCUGGUCGAGUGGAGCUCAAGUACGACAGCAAGUGGAGCACAGUGUGUGAUCAGAGCUGGGACCUGCAGGACGCCACAGUUCUGUGCCAGCAGCUGAACUGUGGGUACGCUGUGACUGUCCCAGGACAGGACCAGUUUGGGGAAGGCAGUGGCCCUGUACUGUCCGAUAUAUUCGACUGUGAAGGCACCGAGACUGAGUUACAGAAGUGUCCCAUCUCUACGCAAGGACAUAGUAAAUGCACUCAUCGUAAUGAUGCAGGAGUUAUCUGUGCAGCUCAGGCAGGUCCAGUCAGGCUGCUUGGUGGACAAGGGCUCUGUGAAGGCCGGGUGGAAGUUUACUACAACAGGAUGUGGGGGAGAGUUCUCCCCGACUCCUGGAGCAGCACAGAGGCCUCGGUGGUGUGCAGAGAGCUGGGCUGCGGCUCUGUGAUCCCAGCCUCUAACUCCUCUCGAUACGGGGCGGGUCACAGUGGCGUGUGUCUGACAGGUAUCCACUGCAGCGGGGACGAGACCCACCUGAGGAACUGCAGCCUUCCACAGCAAGUCCCCUGCAACAGCAGUAACAGCGCGGCCGUGCUCUGCACUGAUCACAUGGCUCUCAGGCUGGUUGGGGGAGGAGGUGACUGCGCUGGGAGGGUGGAGGUUUAUCACAAUGGCUCCUGGGGGACGGUCUGCGAUGACUCCUGGGACCUGGCAGACGCAGAGGUGGUGUGCAAGCAGCUCCAGUGCGGGGCAGCCCUCAGAGCCACAGCCUCCUUCGGACAGGGAACAGGACCCAUCUGGCUGGACGAGCUGCGCUGUCAGGGGAACGAAUCAGCUCUGUGGGACUCGGAAGGGUGGGGGCAACACGACUGUCAACACAAGGAGGAUGCAGGUGUCAUGUGUUCAGAGUUCAAGCAGCUUAGACUGGUUAGUGCUGAGUUUGACUGUGCGGGACGGCCAGAGGUCUUCUACAAUGGCACCUGGGGUGCUGUCUGCAGCAAUGGAAUGGGAGGAAUCGCGGCAACAUUUAUAUGCCGUCAUCUGAACUGCGGAGAGACCGGAUCUAUUAAACCUCAGUCUGAAACGAGCUCUGCUCUCAAAUGGCUUGAUAAUAUUAAAUGCAAAAAGCACGACUCCUCACUGUGGCAGUGUCCGUCCUCGCCUUGGGGACAGAACAGCUGUGAGGACAGGGAUGUGGAGGACAUUGUCUGUUCAGGUAACGUCUUGCUUCUGUCCAGAAUGAUUGACGCUGCUCCAAACAAGGAACAUUCAGAGAUCAGUAUACUGGCUGCAUGCCCCAGUUAGCACUAUCCAUGGAUUCCCUUAUCUCCCAUUAAUAAGUUCACAUUAGAAGUAUAUCUAGACAGGUGUUAGGCAUUA